AUGGCCGCAUUGUCUUGCUCGGCGUCGGUGACCAAUGCCGCCAUAUGCGUUGACGAUUAUCAGGAUUUCGACUUAAGAAUCUCUUGGGCUGUAUCCGAAUUUUCGAAUAGACCCGGAUCCCCAAUUUCCAGCUGUAAAGGUCGGCGUUAUUGGAAUUGUGCUGAAUAUCUCGGCUAUCGUGCUCAUCUUAUCGCACUCCUUCCUUCCACAACGCUUUCGGCUAUAUAUGCGCAUCACAUUUGUUCGCUGACGUUGGAGUGCUCGUCAUUUUCUCCUUUUGGGCUGCUCCGGCUUCCUUAUUUGGCUUCUCUGAAACGAUAA